AUGCACCUGAUGAUGCUGCGAGACAGUAGCCGACACCGGUUUUAUGCAAGAUGCUUGCUGGAGCACAGGACAGAGCUUGAGGGAAAGGUGGCUGUGGACCUCGGUGCUGGGAUUGGCAUAUUGUCCGCCUUAGCAGUGCGCUUUGGGAGGCUCAAAGAAGUCCACGCCGUGGAAGCGCUCCCGGAGGUUUGUCGGAUCAUCCCACGAGUCUUGCAACGAACCUUGGAAGAGGAGACCAUUCUGACAGAAGCGACGGCCUCCAACCUACUAGCAAUGGGUUGCGAAGGACCAAGAAAUCUAGAUCUAAGACAGCAAGUGUCGAAAUCUGAGGAGUGGUUGGGGAUCAUGGCAUUAAACGAGGGCAUGGCUCGCCCUUUGCUCCGCUGCCGUGAUUCCUUGUGCCGUGCAUCGUGCCGACCACGCAUGCUGCCUGGGCUGCUGCGCAUUUGGGUGCAAGCCGCAAGCCCUCCAGGUGCAAAAGCCAUGAAGUGUGGGCCUAGAGCGAUCCCCGAAGAAUACCUGCACGGAAAUCCGCAUCUCCUGUUGGACCUCGACCUAAACACUUGCAGCAUAGAGGAUCUCUUCGAGAGUCCCCCCAAGAGAUUUCAGUUGAGUGGAGGAAGUGAUGGAAGUGCAAGUGGUUUGGUCGGUUGGUUCGACCUUCAGUGCUGCAGAGAGCAUGAGGUGAUUUUGUCCACUUCACCUAGUGCUCCAACCACCCACUGGCUCCAAUGCUGGAUGCCUUUCCAAACGCCAUUAGGUUCCGCUCAAGUGAAAGCAUUGCACGUGAAGAUUCAGCUGGUUCCGCAGAGCACUGGGCUUCCAGAGCUUUGUGUCCUUGUCACUGGUGAGUCCAAAUCCGAUUCUCACUUGGCACGCUUCUUCUUGGAUCGUGGCCUGGCCAGCUAUGAGACCGGGACAAACGAGACGAAGCCGUCCAAAAGGCGGAGACGACGGAGAGACAUCGAGGCCGUGUAUUUCCCGUCGGAUCUCCAAGAGCUGCUGACCUUGGCAGAGACCGCCGUGAACGAAGGAGCAAGGACGCUACUAGGAGCUGAAGGAGAAGUUGGAUGA